CACCUUUGCUCAUCCUCAUUCCGUCUAUACAUUGUUUAAACGUCGUAGCAAUAGCAUAUUAUUGCAUGCUCGACUAUCAUUUUAUUAUGCCCUAAUGAAAUGCACAGCCGGUGAUGUGAUGUGCUGUCCGAAAAGUACAGACGAAUCUGAGUAGGCGUUACCUUGGGAAAUCUUAGUUCCUCACUUCGCGGCUCAAGGGCAAUCAAAAUGGUUCGGACUGGUUUUUCGGAGAGAGGUUACAGAAGAUGUUGAAAACGUUCAAUCUCUCACCGGCGCGCGUAUGAAGUUGUUACAGCCUACUUGGACUAAAUCAACAGCUGUGUGGACAACGACUGUUUCUGGACGGAGCACAUGAAAUAAUUUAUUUGGAGACAAUUUAUUUGAAAGUGUUAUAAAAUAUUAAUUGGUCAACUCAGAACCGUAAAGAAUUUGCCUAAUAAGGAGUUGGGUUAACAACUGGCAGAAUUGAGUCCGCGCGUUUUUUUUCAUCCAACAUGGGAUGCACCUUGCAUUAAUACUUGAAUUAUAAUGCUUUUGAAAUAAGGUGUUUCGGAUGGUCUGGAAUUGUCUAAAGAGUGUUUGACAAGGCCUUGCUUCGGGUAUCUCUACCAGUGGAUGGAAAUUUUUAAAUGUAUUGAAGUAGACUGGGGGAAGCAAUGCUGUAAAUAAAGGAGUUUCACAUCUGGUGAAGUCAACCCUAGGACAGGUGACUCAGGAUGAGAAGAUGGCCACCCUGCUGCUACCACCGGGUCCUGACAGCUUGCACCGGUUCACCCGGGAGUCCCUGGCUGCCGUGGAGCAGCGGAUCGCUGAGGAGGAGGCCCGGCGUACCAAGCACUACCAAGAGGACCUGGGAGACGUGGAGCUGCCCCGGCCCCGGGCCGACCUGGAGGCCGGCAAACAGCUGCCACGCAUCUUCGGCGACAUCCCCGCCGGCCUGGUGGGAGUCCCACUGGAUGACUUUGACCCAUUCUACUUCAAGAACCAGAGAACAUUUAUAGUACUGAACAAAGGGAAGGCCAUCUUCCGAUUUAGUGCCACGUCUGCACUCUAUAUUUUUAACCCCUUUCAUCCUGUUAGAAGAGCAUCAAUAAAGGUUUUAGUACACUCGUUAUUCAGUCUGUUCAUAAUGUGCACUAUUUUGACCAACUGUUGCUUCAUGGCCAUGUCGGAACCAGCGUAUUGGGCCAAGUAUGUUGAGUACACUUUCACUGGAAUUUACACGUUUGAGUCAUUGAUAAAGAUUCUGGCGAGGGGAUUCUGUGUGGGGCCAUUUACCUUCCUGCGGGACCCGUGGAACUGGCUGGAUUUCAGUGUGAUUGUCAUGGCAUAUGUUACUGAGUUUGUGGACCUGGGCAAUGUCUCAGCCUUACGGACGUUCAGAGUCCUACGAGCACUGAAAACUAUCUCAGUCAUCCCAGGCCUGAAGACCAUUGUGGGUGCGCUGAUCCAGUCGGUGAAGAAGCUGGCGGACGUGAUGAUCCUGACCGUGUUCUGCCUCAGUGUGUUUGCCCUCAUUGGCCUGCAGCUCUUCAUGGGUAAUCUGCGGCAGAAGUGCGUCCGCAGCACAGCGCACUGCGUCAACAACACCCUCAACACCAACACCACCUUCUUCUGCAACAACCGGACGUGGCCCUCGCUCAAAGACUUCAUCGCAGACGAAGACAACUACUACAAAGUGGAGGGAGCUAAGGAUGCCUUAAUAUGUGGGGACGGGAGUGAUGCUGGGCAUUGCCCAGAUGGGUUUGAGUGUUUGAAGGCAGGAAGGAACCCUAACUAUGGUUACACCAGCUUUGACAGCUUCGGUUGGGCGUUCCUCUCCCUCUUCCGGCUCAUGACACAAGACUACUGGGAGAACCUCUAUCACCAGACUCUGCGGUCAGCAGGGAAGACCUACAUGGUGUUCUUUGUGGUGGUCAUCUUCCUGGGUUCCUUCUACCUGGUCAACCUGAUCCUAGCUGUUGUGGCCAUGGCCUACGAGGAGCAGAACCAGGCCACCAUCCAGGAGGCCUGGCAGAAAGAGAAAGAGUUCCAGCUGGCCAUGGAGCGCCUCAAGAGGGAAGCGCAGAAAGCUCAGGAUACAGAAUCCUUGAUGUCCCCGGAACUGUCCCCGGGCCUGGCUCUCCCUGACCACAAGGAGGUGCAGAGCAGGAGGAGAAGUCUGGAGGAACUGGUGGAGGAGGUAGAGAAUGGGGGAGACGUGGAGAAGGGAUACGUGACAACGUUGAAGGUGGAUACAGUGGAUGGGGGCAGGCCGACACAUCCACUCCUCGCCCGCACCAUCUCCACGCGUACCAGACGAGGCAGCAACAUCAGCAUCUUCAGCUUCCGUCCCCGGAACAAAGACUCGGAGGGUGACUUCGCCGACGACGAGUUCAGCAUCCAUGGGGACAAUGAGGGAACACACAGUCGUACUGGGUCCCUGGUGAUCCCAUGGAGCACCAGACGCAGGCCCAGUACCUACAGCACCGGCAGCCGGGGUUCCCAGGUCUUCCUCAACGUCAAUGGGAAGCUGUUCGUGGCCAUGGACCAGAACGGGGUCACCCCACAGGGGCUCCCAGCCUGCAUCAUGGAGAAGGUCAAGGAGGAGAGUGGGCCAAACUCCAGCACUGAGUUGAGCACCAUGCUGCUGCCUCGCCCGGUGUCCAGAGAAGAGCACGUGCAGAGGGACCGAGCUCUGAGUGCGGCCAGCUAUCUCACAGAUGCCUUGGAGGAACUGGAGGAGUCGCGUCAGAAGUGCCACCCAUGCUGGUAUGAGUUUGCCCACAAGUACCUGAUCUGGGAAAGCAGUCCGCGCUGGCUGCAGUUGAAGGCGCUGGUCAAGGUGAUGGUGAUGGAUCCCUUCCUGGACCUAGCCAUUACCAUCUGCAUCGUGCUCAACACUCUGUUCAUGGCCAUGGAGCACUACCCCAUGACUGACGAGUUCAACGGCAUGCUGUCCAUAGGCAACCUGGUAUUCUCCGGGAUCUUCACCGCCGAGAUGGUGUUAAAGAUUAUCGCUCUGGACCCCUACUACUAUUUCCAGCAAGGUUGGAACAUAUUUGACAGCAUCAUCGUGUGCCUCAGCCUCAUGGAGCUGGGCCUGUCCGAUGUGGAGGGACUGUCCGUUCUCCGAUCCUUCAGACUGCUAAGGGUGUUCAAGCUGGCCAAGUCGUGGCCCACCCUCAACACGCUCAUCAAGAUCAUCGGCAACUCGGUGGGCGCUUUGGGAAACCUGACCCUGGUCCUAGCCAUCAUAGUCUUCAUCUUUGCCGUGGUGGGCAUGCAGCUGUUCGGCAAGAAUUACCAGGACUGCGUGUGUAAGAUCUCCAAGGACUGUACGCUGCCGCGCUGGCACAUGAAGGACUUCUUCCACUCGUUCCUCAUCGUGUUCCGGGUGCUGUGUGGCGAGUGGAUCGAGACCAUGUGGGACUGUAUGGAGGUGGCAGGGCAGCCUCUCUGCCUCCUAGUCUUCAUGCAGGUCAUGGUGAUCGGGAACCUGGUGGUGCUCAACCUUUUCCUAGCCUUGCUGCUUAGCUCAUUCAGCUCGGACAACCUCUCGGCGCCCGACGACGAUGGCGAGAUGAACAACCUACAGAUUGCCAUUGGCCGCAUCAAAAGCGGCAUGGGCUGGCUCCGAAGCCAGAUCUGCGACUUCUUCAAUGGCAACUUCAAGCGGCGGCGGCAGAAGAGCAAAGAAGCCGAGACCAUGCUGAAGCUCAAGAGGCUGAGCCACAGUGCUCCGCUUGGGGAGGUGGGCAACGGGACAGUGGUGGCGGUGGCGGGAGGGAUUGGACGCCACGGGGAGAAGAUUAUGGUCCCGGAGGUGGACGACAGCUACAUGACCAACCCCAACCUGACCAUCAGCGUGCCCAUCGCUCCUGGCGAGUCGGACGUGGAGUUCCCCGAGGACGAGGAUGAGGAGGAAGAGGGGGAGAGCGAGAGCUCAGAGGAGGAGGAGGAGGAGGAGGAGAGCAAGCAGGUGAAGGAUGACAUCAGCCUAUCCGAGGGCAGCACAGUGGAUCUGAGGAAGCCAGGGGAGGAAGAGGAUGAGUAUUCAGAGAUGGCCGAAGAGACCAUGGAUCCUGACAACUGCUUCCCUGAUGUGUGCGUACGCCAUUUCCAGUGCUGUGAUAUCCAAACCACGGAGGGCCUGGGCCAGGCUUGGUGGCGGUUAAGGAAGACCUGCUUUCAGAUCGUGGAGCACAGCUGGUUCGAGUCCUUCAUCAUAUUCAUGAUCCUGCUGAGCAGCGGUGCUCUGGCCUUUGAGGACAUCUACAUUGAACAAAGAAAAGUGAUCAAAAUGGUGCUGGAGUACGCCGACAAGAUCUUCACCUACAUUUUCAUCCUGGAGAUGCUCCUCAAGUGGAUUGCCUACGGAUUCAAGAAGUACUUCACUAACUAUUGGUGCUGGCUGGAUUUCCUGAUUGUGGAUAUAUCAGUGAUUGGCCUGUUGGCCAGUGCCGUCAAUAUAGAGCAAAUUGGCACCAUGCGAGUUCUCAGGACCCUGCGAGCAUUGCGUCCGCUGAGAGCGGUGGCCCGCUUUGCCGGCAUAAGGGUUGUGGUGAACGCCCUGAUUGGCGCCAUCCCGUCCAUCAUGAACGUCCUGCUGGUGUGCCUCAUCUUCUGGCUCAUCUUCAGCAUCAUGGGGGUCAACCUGUUCGCAGGCAAGUACGGCCGCUGCGUCAACCGGACGGGCUACAUCCACAACGUGUCCGUGGUCAACAAUAAGACCGACUGCCUGGCCAUGAACGACACGCAGUUCUACUGGACUAAAGUCAAAGUGAACUUCGACAACGUGGGCGCUGGUUACCUUGCACUCCUACAAGUUGCUACAUUCAAAGGCUGGAUGGACAUCAUGUAUGCAGCAGUGGAUUCUCGUGCUGUGGAGGAACAGCCUAUCAGAGAAGUGAACAUGUACAUGUACCUAUACUUCAUCAUCUUCAUCAUCUUUGGCUCCUUCUUCACCCUCAACCUCUUUAUCGGGGUGAUCAUCGACAACUUCAACCAGCAGAAACGAAAGAUAAGUGGGCAAGACAUCUUCAUGACAGAGGAACAGAAAAAAUAUUACAACGCCAUGAAGAAGCUAGGGUCUAAAAAGCCUCAGAAACCGAUUCCAAGGCCAGUGAACCAAGUGCAGGGCUUCUUCUUCGACCUGGUGGGCAAGCAGGCGUUCGACAUCAUCAUCAUGGUCCUCAUCCUGCUCAACAUGAUUACCAUGAUGGUGGAGACGGACGAGCAGCCGGCCCGCAUGGAGUACAUCCUCAACAAAAUCAACCUGGCCUUCAUCAUUAUCUUCUCCUGCGAGUGCCUCAUCAAGAUCGUGGCGCUGCGGUGCUACUUCUUUACCAUUGGCUGGAACAUCUUUGACUUUGUGGUGGUCAUCCUCUCCAUCGUUGGUAUCGUUCUCGCUGACAUCAUAGAGAAGUACUUUGUAUCGCCCACUCUUUUCAGAGUCAUUCGAUUAGCCAGGAUUGGACGAGUACUGCGACUCAUCCGCGGAGCCAAAGGAAUAAGGACCUUACUCUUUGCCUUAAUGAUGUCCCUUCCCGCCCUGUUCAACAUCGGCCUCCUGCUCUUCCUGGUAAUGUUCAUAUACGCCAUCUUUGGCAUGGCCAACUUUGCCUAUGUCAAGAAGCAGGCAGGGAUCGACGACAUGUUCAACUUCGAGACAUUCGGCAACAGUAUGAUCUGUCUGUUCCAAAUCACCACGUCGGCAGGCUGGGACGGCCUGCUCAGCCCCAUCCUUAACAACUCUCCGGAAGAGUGCAACCCCAACCUCGUCCACACAGGCACCAAUGCCCGGGGCAACUGUGGCAACCCCUCGGUGGGCAUCACCUUCUUUGUCACCUACAUCAUAAUUUCCUUCCUCAUCGUGGUCAACAUGUACAUCGCCAUCAUCCUGGAGAACUUCAGCGUGGCCACCGAGGAGAGCACCGAGCCGCUGAGCGAGGACGACUUCGAGAUGUUCUACGAGGUGUGGGAGAAGUUUGACCCGGAAGCAACGCAGUUCAUCGAGUACGCCAAGCUGUCAGACUUUGCAGACACGCUGUCGGAGCCGCUGCGCAUCGGCAAGCCCAACAAGAUCAAGCUGAUCUCCAUGGACCUGCCCAUGGUGAGCGGUGAUAAGAUCCACUGCCUGGACAUUCUGUUUGCCUUCACCAAGCGCGUGCUGGGUGAGUCAGGCGAGAUGGAUGCUCUCAAACAGCAGAUGGAGGAGAAGUUCAUGAUGGCCAAUCCGUCCAAGAUCUCCUACGAGCCCAUCACCACCACGCUGAGGCGCAAGCAGGAGGAUGUGUCGGCCGCUGUUAUCCAGAGGUGCUACCGCAGGCAUCUGGUGCGGAGGCAAAUGAAGCAAGCCUCCUUCCUGUACAGAUCAAUGCAGAUCAGUCUGACGCAGAGCCCCUCGGGCGAGGGGGGCACCGCUCCAGAGAAAGAGGGUCUCAUAGCCUCCAUGAUCAAGGAGCACUACGGGGGGCCUGAGAUGGAGCUGAUGGAGACCCUGUCCUCCACCUCCUCUCCACCGUCUUACGACAGCGUCACACGGGCGACUAGUGAACUUUUCCAAGUUUUAAUUUCUGAACAGUCCAGGAACAGUGACUUGAGGGAACAUUGCCCAGCACCCGACAGAGUACCAGACCGCGAGACAUUUCUGUAAUGGCAACUAGGAAAUGCUUUUUUCUCUUUUAGUUGUUUACCGAAUGUAACAUAGCUCAAAUGACACUGGUUUAAUACUUGUGGUUGUCCAGAGAAUCUGCAGGGGUUUUCAUAGAGAAAAGGCUAACUAUUUAUUUCUUUUUGGAGAACAUGCUUUGAGGGAGUACACAAAGGCGGUGUGUGUAAAUCCUAGAUAACCUUUGACCCUGCUCAUGUCAACUUUGCUUUACAGUUAAUAUGCAUGAAUGACCUUUGCAGGGUCACAACAAUUAUAUCACUGAUGUAAUAAUAAUUUAUUAGACUGAAGGAAAUACAGUUUAUCAAUAUUUACAAAGUAUGCCUGACCUUAUGAGUUCAUUAAAGGUCUUACUAUUAUUGGUGUGAUUACUUAUAAUAAAUAGUUUUCAAACUGUGAGAUGUGAGAAAAAAACUAAGGGAUACAAUUUUUCGUAGUAAAGUAUAACAUUGUUGAUGUUACCAGUCUUUCAUAGCAGUACAAUAAUUACUAUUUUUUAUAUUUUUAGAGUAAGAAAAAAAACAUGGCCUCUUCUGAAUUGCAGUACUACCACAUUGUAUUUGAGCAUAUUUUGAGCAUUUUUGCAUUUACGUUUACACGUAAAGAUAUCCCGAGAUAUCCGGGGGCCCUGCAUUUUAGUUGUUUUUCUUUCAUAACAAUCUGGACCUAGUUACACAAAGCUAAGAAGCAGUGCAGUAACCAUGAUCUGUAUGUGACAAUCAAACCUACAUCUAUCUCAUGGUUACGAUUGACAGAUUUCUCUUUCUCCAUAACUUCUGUAGGAUUAAAACUGCCCCAAUGGCUAUAUAUUUUAUAUGACCAUCAGCGAUCAUAUUCACUAUUAGUCGGACGGAUAAUCAUCCUAUUUAUUUUUUAUUUAAAGUGUGUUUCGCAUGUUUUGACUGCAUCAUAUAGAGACGUUGUGCUCAAGACUGAAAAACGAUUAUUUAUCUAUUUUGCACAAACUGUGUUUAGCAAUAAUUUACUACUUUUUAGGAUAAAAGGGUCAAAGUUUGUACAGCAUUUAUUUUUGCUUGAACUCUACAAACCGUUCAGCUUCUCUUGGUUACCCAUAGCUUAGGCCGACUCUCAACUAUAUCACUGACACUGGUUUCUAUUUGACUCAAAUAAUAAUAAGGACACCGCUCAACUUUAAUAUGAUAUAUAUUUUCAGGUUAUGGUUGCAGGUGUGUUGAAGGGCUGUUUUCUGUAGCAAUAGAUCCAGUGUGUGCCUGGUAUAUACCCCUGUCCUGUUUCUAAAUGGACCUCUACUCACAUCGUUCUCCCAUUAGAUGCCAUGGGUGUGUGACUGGGAUCGCACUGCUAUUUACCAGUGUCUACGGGGACUUUUCUAAAGACAUUUCUGAUUGCAUGCUUUGUAUUGGGAAUGUUGGGGAACAUGUUUAAAAGUCGGGAGCGAUCCUAUUCGUUUUUGGGUGGGACAUUUUUAUACAAAAAUGUCAUGGUGAAAAGUCAACUCUGCACAUCUCUGUCAUAAAUGCACUGUUUUCAUCCUAACGAGAGCUGCUUCAUCAUAAAUACAUCCAGGACAUGCACAGAAAAAGCUUAUUUUUCAUUCUUAUAAACUGUCAGAAAUGCAAUAACCUACAACAGUCAUCUUCUCAGCAGUCCGUAUAUAAUCGUUUUGUUGUUAUAAUGAUUAUUUCCAGAGCAUUUCUCACUGCUCAACCACAAUGCAGUGCCUCAGUGAAGCCCCCGUUGCAGUAAAUAUUAUUCAGAAAGACGUUUUACUACUUUCAGUUGACAUUUUUUUUAGUAUGUUGCAAACACAUGCCUCUGUAUUUAAGAUAACAACCUCCUGUGAAAUAAAGGAGAAAGCCUACAAUAUCA